AUGGCCGGGGGCGGCGGCGGCACCUCCUCCCCGCCGGCGGGGCAGGGGGUGGGCGCUGGGAGCCGGCGGCGGCAGCAGCCCCAGCCGCAAGAUGCGCUGGGCGGCCCCGGCCCCUGCCCCGUGGCUGCCUGGCCGAGGCCGCCCCGGGCGGAGCGGCGGCAGCGGGCGGCGGGGAUGGAGCCGGCCCCGCGCCGCUGCCCCGCCGGGCGGCCCCGGUGGCGGUGGCGGUGGCGGCGGGCGCGCUGGGCCGGGCUGCUGGGCGCCGCCGCCGCCCUGGCCCUGUACGCCUGGCUGCCGGAGCCGGCGGCCCCGCGGGCAGCGCCGGGCGGCCGCGGGGAGGGCGAGGUGAACGUGCUGCUGUGGUGGGAGCCCUUCGGCCGGCCCCGCCGCGCCGCCGACUGCCGGCGGCGCUACAACAUCACGGGCUGCCGGCUCAGCGCCGACCGCAGCCGCUACGGCCAGGCGCAGGCCGUGCUCUUCCACCACCGCGACCUGGCGCUGCACGGCGCCGAGGGGCUGCCCCGCGGGGCCCCGCCGCGGCCCCCGCGCCAGCGCUGGGUCUGGAUGAACUUCGAGUCGCUGCGGGGGCUGGCCGGCCUCUUCAACUGGACCAUGUCCUACCGCCGCGACUCGGACGUCUUCGUGCCCUACGGGUACCUCUACACCCCGCCGGCGCCCCGGCCCUUCGUGCUGCCCCGCAAGACGCGGCUGGUGGCCUGGGUCAUCAGCAACUGGAACGAGGAGCACGCCCGGGUCCGCUACUACCGGCAGCUGCGGGAGCAUCUCGCCAUCGACGUGUACGGGGCGCGGGGGCUGGCGCUGGCCCAGGGCGGCGUGGUGGAAACCAUCUCUGCCUACAAGUUCUACCUGGCCUUCGAGAACUCCCAGCACACCGACUACAUCACCGAGAAGCUCUGGAGAAACGCCUUCGCCGCCAGCGCCGUGCCUGUCGUCCUGGGCCCCCGCCGGGCCAACUACGAGCGCUUCAUCCCGGCCGACUCCUUCAUCCACGUCGAUGACUUCCCCAGCCCUCGGCUGCUGGCCACCUACCUGAAAUUCCUCGAUAAAAACAAGCCCAACUACAGGAGGUAUUUCGCCUGGAGGAAGAAGUACGAGGUGCACGUCACCUCGUUCUGGGAUGAGCAUCUGUGCAAGGUUUGCGAAGCCGUGAGGGCGGCCGGGAAUCAAGUCAAGACUGUACGAAAUCUGGCCAGCUGGUUUGAAAGCUGAUGUUCCUGGUGGGUGAGGCUUGCACGGUCAGCCUGUGCCAGCAGCGCCCGGGCUUCGGGAAGGAUGCGUCUCGCAGAGGUAGUUGGCUGAGGUGGCACACAGAAGGCCGUGGCACCAGAGAGAAGCACACAGGUACGGGUAAACAAGCUGUGAAAAGCCUACAAAAGGAAGAUUUUUACUGAAGGGCACAAUGAUGAAAGUAAAAAGACUCACCAGGCAAGAUGAUUCUUCAAGAGCAAAGUUAGAUUUCCAGAAGCUGUACGUAUCUGAAGUCUUUCUAGCUGUGCAUAGCUGAGCAUAAAUAACCAAUGCCAAGUUCUUCAGCCCUACAGCUGAAACCAAUUUUGUCUGCUGCGACAGCUUCCUGACUGUGAGACUUCCUUCUGCUUGCAGGGGAUGCAUGAUCAGUGCUGGCUUUCUGCACUCAAAGGACAGAAACAAUAUUUUAUCACAGUGUUUAUUAUGUGUGUGAAAGCUAUUUGUAGAAAAAUGCUGAGCCCCGAGUGUUGGACUUCAGAAUGUAAUGAUACAGCAGCACUUUUUAGCAAUGUUUGAAGUUGCAGCAGCCAAGUAAUGAUGCUUUGAGCCAAAUAAUAAUUCCAUUUAGGAAAAGUGUAUGGAGGGAACUGGAUCCAAGUGGAACAAACAGCUCAGGUGGAGUAUUUCUUCCACUGCCUACUGGUACCUUAGGCACGUUUAUCCUUUAUGGGAGUGGAGAACAGUUUUAGGUACAGGAAAAGACAGACUGUAGGAAUAAAGUUGGAACAUUUCCACCCUUCCUUUAUUCAGGAAUUAGAAAAUGUUUACAGGAGUCUGCAUGUUUUUCUCUGCAAAGUUUUUGCUGUAUAGGAGAAAGCAGGGAAAAGCUCAGAACGACAGGAUUUUUAUUACUAUAUUGAAUAUGUGUUCAGAAAGGCUGACUUAUUUCUCUAGGAUCAUUAGGCUGUCCUGUUGUGUAGUCAUUGUUUUGGUUUAUGGCACAUGUUUUUUAAAAUUCUGCCAGGUGACAGACUACUCCCAAUGUUGGGUUUACAGUUUGUAAAACAAUAAUUAAACAUACCAAAAAGGCCCCAACAGUCAAAUCCCAAGUCACUGCCUUACAAAAAGGAAAUUAGAGUCGAGAAUAAGAUCUAGACUGUUGGUAAAAUAGAGAUUGCAUGAGGAAGUUAUAUGAAAAGGGAAAUACUUGUUUUUCCUUUGGUUUUGAGUGGUUUUUCCAGCUCAUUUUUUUAAAUCAAUAAUUUGUCUCCGAAGAUAAAACUUCAGUGCCUGCUGGGAACAUUUAUGAUGGUUACUCUGUUUGGCCAAAUCCAGAGAGAAACUUCAAUUGCAGUUACUCGUCCUCAGGAAGUCGAGCCCUCCCUGACCUUUGUAACUAUAAGAUUUGGUGGCAAAAAAUGAUCACCCACAAGGUCCUGUGCAAAUGAUUAAGGGAUUCAUCCAGUUCCUGUUUCAGGAGCUGGAUAAUCUAUGGAAAUACGCAAAGAAUUCCCUUGGAAUAAAACCAUGGGCACAGAACAGGUAAGGGAGGAAGGAAGUAAUUUGCAGCUAAAAAAUGUGGAUCAGGACAGGUGAGUUCACUGAUAUUUUUGAGCUGGAUUUGGGUUAGAAUAGGAUUAUAAGGGACAUUGGGUGGGUGCUUUUCAGAUGUACCAUCUGACAGCCUGCUGUAAUGUGUUCUAAAUUUGAUGAUCCUCAUGAUUAAGUAAGCAUGGAACAAAGGUGAUUGAAAAAUAUCUGUAAUAAUAAUGAAGCUUAUGAAUAAUCUGCUCAAAUUUACUAGGUCAGACCUUGCUGGCUGCUAUAUUUAUUCCAUUCUGCUUUGCACAAGAAAUGACAGCUAGAAGUAUUUAAUGAGCUCUGUUUAAUUUAAGAUUUAAUGAGUUUUGUUGCUAACACCAGAGUUGCUGUCAAGGUUUUCUUGUGAAAGGAGUCAAUGCUACGCAGAGAGCAGGAGGGAUGGUUCCUAGUGCUGCUUUUUCACUUGAACAGGUCUUAAAUUAUGGUCUAAAGCAAAAGCAUGUUCUUCAUUGCAUGCUCACCUGUUUCUCUGCCAGUGGCUACUGCUCCCAUAAAACUGGUGUUGAUAAUUUUAACAGUCUAUUUUAAGUAUAUUAACAGUAACAGCUAAGUGUCAGUAUCAUAGAAUCUGUUUCCCUUUGAUUUGCCCUUUGUUUUUUCUGUUUAGUUUUUAUCACUGUUGACAUAAAUGUAUAAAUCCCCCUAAUUUUACAAGCAGUGAGCAAUCUUUAAAAGCUAAUAUUUAAGAUUCCACUGCAUUUUUAUCAGUCUGCUGGAAAUAGUGCAUUUUUUUUUCAGUCCUUCUGAAUUUUUUAGCAUUUUCUGGAAGUUUCCAGGCACACAGUUCUGUGUGAUCAUUAGUGAUGCCACAGGCAGAAGAUCAGGCUGUGGGAGCAUGGAAUUUUCCAAAGAUUGCAACCAAUAUAGUUUUUUUUUUCCUCAGCUUUUCUAAGAAAAACAGUUUAAAUCUUUGAUUAACUAAAGUUUUGUAAAAUUCAGAGAAGAGGUGUGCAAUAAUUAAAGCAUCAUGUAAGAUGUAAAUCACCCAUUUGCUGUAUUUAUAAGUUAUGCGUGGAAUAUUUUCAAGAAGUGUACAAUGAAAACUGCAGUCUUGUAUUAAUUAUUGCAGAGGUCUUCCUUUGGGAGAAAAAAAAAGAAGCCUUGUCUGGUUUCAUAGUUCUUGUGUGAGAGUUGCACACUUCUCCCUUUGGAUUUGGGAGGAAAUUCAGCCCUGGUCUGCAGCUGCUGAAGUCGGUAAUACAACAUCUCUAUAAAUCUACUUUGAUUUUGGCUCAUCCACUCCACAGGCUGAUUGUGCACAAUUAGAAGGUAGAGACUGGCUUUUGUAGUUCACUUUGUAGAGCCCAAGUUCAAUGGUAAAUAAAAUGUUUGAGCCAACUGGAUUGUUGAUAAGGUACCAGACUCCACAAGAUGUUUCAGGUGUUGUAUAUAAUUCACCUGUAAAAAUUAAGCAAAGGUAUUUUCUAUUUUAAGUAGAAAAAACUUUUAAAAUUCAUUUUGAUGAAGUGUUUUAUUCCAUGCCUUAAAAUAUUGGGGUGGAGGGACAGAAAGGAAGAUCAUUAUCUUCUGGUUUUGAUAAGGAGAAUAAUUAAUAUUACUUUUUUAUGAUGGUGUAAAUAGAAUAGAGAAUUAUGUGAUCCUUAAAGUUACAUAUUGUAUCUCAGGGAAUUUUAUACUGUAAAGUAUUGUAAUCUUCAUAGAAUGAAGUAACAUUGUAUUAAUUAUUUAAAUUGAGAAUAAAAUUAAAUAAAGGAACUAGCACAAAA